AUGCGCCUCGACGCGAUCCUCGAGAGCGUUCGAAGGGACAUCGUCGGACACGGGGCGACGUUCGGCGGGGCGUACGGGACGAAGUCGCUGGUGUACGCCGACUACACGGCGAGCGGACGGGCGUCGCGAGCGGUGGAGCGGUGCGUCGCGCGAGACGUGCUGCCGAUGUACGCGAACACGCACACGUCGACGUCGACGACGGGGUCGCAGACGUCGUGCUUUCGAGCGGAGGCGAGACAGGUGGUGGCGCAGUGCGUGAACGCGCGGGUGGGAUACAGCGAUAGACACGCCGACGUGGUGACGUUUACGGGAAGCGGGAGCACGAGCGCGAUCGAUCGGUUGGCGCGAGCGCUCGGGAUGCACGUACCGUUACCGGUGAACGCGCCGAGGGAAGCGAGGCCGGUCGUGUUCGUCGGACCGCACGAACAUCACAGUAAUAUUUUGCCCUGGCGCGAGUCGUGCGCGAUUGUGGUGGAAAUUCCAGAGGAAGAGAGCUCGGGAAUGGUGGACGUGGACGCGUUGCGCGCGGCGCUGCGCGCGUACGCGUCACACGCGACGCUGAUUGGAAGUUUUAGCGCGGCGAGUAACGUGACGGGGGUGAGGGCGGAUGUGAAUUUAAUCACGGAGACGUUGCAUCGAGGAAACGCGUUGGCGUUGUGGGACUACGCCGCCGCCGCGGCGUACGUCGACGUCGACAUGAACCCGGUAGUUUUCGACGAAAACACCGGUGCGUUGAAUCCGUACGUAUACAAAGAUGCGAUAUUUAUGUCACCGCACAAGCUUCCGGGAGGGCCGGGUGCGCCCGGGAUUUUAGUGGCAAAACGCGCAUUGUUCGUGAACGAAGUGCCGAGCGAACCGGGCGGAGGAACUGUCUUUUAUGUCACGAGCACCGAUCACCGGUAUUUAAGCAACAGAGUGGAGCGCGAAGAGGGUGGGACUCAAGACAUCGUUGGAAGCAUCCGCGCUGGCUUGGCGUUCCAAAUGAAAGCUAACGUGGGGACGUCGUUGAUUGAAGCGGCGGAGGAACGACUGCGACGACGAUUGUUCGACGAGCUGGAGAAGGAUGAGAAUAUUUGCUUACUCGGACCUCGGGCGAAUUCGACGACGAAGCGCUUGCCUAUUGCGUCGUUUCUCAUACGAGCCCCAGCGGUGGAUUCGAAAAGUAGGUUUCUACACUACUCAUUCACGUGCGCGGUGUUGAACGACGUCUUCGGCGUGCAGGCGCGAGGCGGAUGCGCGUGCGCAGGGCCGUACGCGCAUCGUCUUCUCGGAAUAUCUCCAGCUGAUGCAGCCGCGAUCGAGGCGCACUUGCUAGACAAAGCCGAAGUAUUACGACCUGGUUUUGCGCGCGUCAGUUUGCCAUACUUCGCGUCUGAUGCUGAGAUUGAGUACACGUUGGCCGCGGUACGCGCCGUCGCCGCGCACGGCUGGCGCUUGCUGCCGAUGUAUCGCAUGGACGCCAAGACGGGUGAAUGGAGACACGCC